AUGGAAACCGCAAACGGAAAUGCGGGCUCUGCGGCCACGGCCCAAAACGGCCAACAGGAAGACGCGUCAGGGUUCAAGUUGAAGUUCUGUACUGUCUGUGCGAGCAACCAGAACCGGUCAAUGGAAGGGCAUCUCCGCCUCGCCCAAGCCAACUACCCCGUCAUCUCCUUCGGGACCGGGUCCCUCGUACGGUUGCCAGGGCCCACCAUUACCCAACCCAACGUCUACAAAUUCAAUGAGACCUCAUACGAUAGCAUCUAUCGGGAGCUCGAAGCCAAGGAUCCCCGUCUGUACCGGGCAAACGGCCUGCUGAAUAUGCUGGGCCGGAACCGCGUCAUCAAAUGGGGUCCCGAGCGAUGGCAGGAUUGGCAAGUCGGGAUGCCGAGAGUCAAACACGAGAAGGAUCAAGGGAGCAUAGGCAUGGAGGCUGGCGUGCCCGACAUUGUCAUCACUUGCGAGGAGCGUUGCUGGGACGCCGUGGUCGAUGACCUCCUCAACCGUGGCUCUCCGCUGAACCGGCCCGUUCACGUCAUCAACAUCGACAUCAAAGACAAUCACCAGGACGCUUCGAUUGGCGGUGGAGCUAUGGUCGACCUCGCAGAUUCUCUGAACAGAGCCGCAAUGGAGGAACGUGACAAAGUAGGAGCGGCCGUUUUCGAUGCCGGGGGCGCUGCCAGCCGUGCGAGCUUUGACGAACGGGUGCCCGAAGUUUUAGGCGAGUGGCAGGAGAGGUGGCCCGGUCUACCUUCUACGUGGACUUUGUCCUGGUUUUGA